CAGAGGGAGCAGCCAGAGGUGCGAAGAGAGCUCUCGCCUCCGCCCGCCUCAGCCACAGCAGCCCUCUCAGCACCAUGGGAACGGGCCACAGACUCGGGGCGCUGCUUCUGCUGCUGGCUCUCCUUCCUUGCGACCUCGCAGAGCCCACCGUGGAACCGCAAUUUUUGGUGCUGCUUCCAGUUCAGAUGCAGACAGAGAGCCACCAGAAGAUAUGUAUCCAUCUCAACCAUGUAAAUGAGUCCGUGGUCCUUAGUUCCUUCCUAGAAUAUGGGAAUGAGAACAAAAGCCUUAUCAGAGACAUAGUGACAGACAAGGAUAUGUUCCAGUGCAUCCAGUUCCAGCUUCCCAGAUGGGAACCCUCCUGGGGCUCCCCAAAGGUCUUCGCCACAGUGCAGGUGAUCGGGGCGACAGUGCGUUUUUGGAGCCGGAAGAUGGUGUUGAUCAAGAACAGGAGCAACCUCAUUUUCCUGCAGACCGACAAGCCUCUCUACAAGCCAGGAGAGCGGGUUCAGUUCCGUGUUGCUUCUCUGGAUGAUCACUUCCGGCCCUUGGACGACCAGAUUCCUUUGAUUUACGUCCAGGAUCCCAUGAGGAACCGUGUGGCCCAGUGGACAGAUGUGGAGCUUUCUACAGGGCUCGCCCAGCACUCCUAUUCUCUCGCUUCCGAGCCCAACUUAGGCAAAUACAGGCUGGUUGCACAGAAGGCGGAUGGGAAGACCGUUGAAGCCACCUUUGAUGUGGAAGAAUAUGUUUUGCCCAAAUUUGAGGUUCUGGUGACCACACCGAAGAUCAUAAGUGUCAUGACUGAAGAACUGAAAGUGACUGCUUGUGGCCGAUACACCUACGGGAAGCCAGUUGCUGGCACGGUGAACAUCACGGUAUGCCGGGAAUUUUAUAAUUACUACCGAAGCCAUUGUCACGGGUCUGAAUCGCAGGCCGUGUGUGAAGAUUUCAGUGCAAAGGCCGACGUGCAGGGCUGCUUCUCUCAGGUGGUGAAAACGAAGGUGUUCCAGCUGAAGCGGGAGGGCUACCACAUGAGCCUGAACGUGGAGAGCAAGGUCAUCGAGACGGGCACAGGGGUGGUAAUGCAAGGCUCCGCGUCCACUCAGAUUACCGCGACUCUCAGUACUGUCACCUUUGAGAAGAUGGACAACUACUUCAGGCACGGGCUGCCCAUCGUGGGCCAGAUACUCCUACAAGAUGGCUCCAAACAGCCCAUCAGCAACGCAACCGUUGAGAUUCAAGCACCUGGAUUCAAGGGCACCUACGUCACCGACGCAGAAGGACACGCACCGUUUUCCAUAGACACAACAAAUUUCACGGAUGAUUCUGUAACUCUCCAAGCAAUCUACAAAUCGGAGCAGCUGUGUAGUAACAGCUGGAUCACUCCCCAUCACCAGUGGGGCUAUUACACACUUUCCCGCUUUUACUCACCGAGCGGAAGCUACCUCCAAGUGAAUUCUGUUCCUGGGACAUUGCGGUGCGGUCAAACCCAGUCAGUGCAAGUGACUUACGACCUGAGUGGAAGUGGCUCUUUGGGCAGAAAAGAGAUUGCCUUUGUCUCUAUGUACAUGGUCAAGGGAUUGCUUGUGCAAGCGGAGAUCCACAAUGAGUUCGCGACUCUCACUGCAAGCCACAGACUACAAGGAAAGUUUACUUUGGAGUUGAACGUGAGCUUCAAUAUGGCUCCCAUGGUCCGUGUGCUUGUAUACACUAUUCUUCCCAGUGGAGAACUUGUGGCUCACUCGGUGGAUUUCACCGUUGAUAACUGCUUUGAGAACCAGGUGAAACUGAAGUUCCAGGAUCGUGAAGUUGUUCCUGGUAGCAAGACAACCCUCCGUCUUUCAGCUGCCAAACCCUCCCUCUGUGCCAUCAAAGCGAUCGAUGAGAGUGUCUUUCUCCUGAAGCCCGAAGCUGAGCUCUCACCUCAGUCUAUAUUCAAUUUGCUCCCUGUGACAUCCCUCAGAGGCUAUUAUCAUGAUGGCUACUCUCUGGAGGAAACAGAUGUUAAUCCUUGUAUACCUGCAAGGACGAUUAUUGUAGAUGGCAUCCGCUACCAAGCUGUGUCUUUUGGGUAUAAUGUGGGCGACACCUAUGAGAUCCUCAAGGAAUUCGGCGUGAAAGUUUUUACCAGCACUAAAAUACACAAGCCUAAUAUUUGUCCAGUUCCCAUGCCUAUGCCAGCAGCCAUGGAUUAUGGUGAGAACUGGAAGUGGUCGGAUGAUGGUGGAAACCUGUUUUUGGCCUUGAAUGCUCUGAAAAAGCACAGCAAACUUUCUGUACCCCACCCCUCACCCCGGCUUUCUAUUAUGGACUUGCAGUGGCUCCCAGGAAUCCCGCCAUUGAAGCCAGCCAUGGUGAUCAAAUUAAUCGCACGUUCCCUCCUUGGUUACGUAGUUGGCUACAGAGAAAACAUUGGUGCCCUAGGGACCGCAGGCACCUUCCACCGAUCCAGUGCAGCUCCUCCUCCUCCUCCUCCUGAGAGUGGGCCGCAGGAAACUGUCAGGAGCGAAUUCCCAGAGACAUGGCUGUGGCAUUUGUUUGAAAUAGCGGAUCCAGAACAAAAGGGGGCUGCCACCACCAAAGGACAGCGCCCUGUGUCUAUACCUUCAGAUGGUGUUGCAGGACAUCUUGAUAUCCCCGUGACGGCUCCGGACACCAUCACGAAAUGGAAGACUGAUGCUUUCUGUAUGUCGACCAGUUCGGGCAUUGGCCUGGCCUCGUCUGCUUACCUCACCGUUUUCCAGCCGUUCUUCCUUGAUCCCAUCAUACCUUACUCUGUGGUGAGGGAUGAGACAUUUGAUAUGAAAAUCCCCAUCUACAAUUACCGGAAAGAUUGCAUGAGGAUCCGUGUGACCCUGGCUCCCUCUGAGCACUUCGAUGCCGUCCCCUUGGAACAGGAAGACUCUUUUUGCCUGUGUGCCAACAAACAGAAAACCGUCACCUUCAAAGUCACCCCCAAGGCUCUGGGCAAAGUGAACAUCACUGUAAGCGCAGAGGCCUUGCACUGGGAUCAACGCUGUGGGAAUGAGGUUGUGGUGACUCCCACCCAUGGCAGAAAGGACACGGUCAUCAAACCCCUCUUAGUGGAGCCUGAAGGUAUCAAGAAGGAUGUGGCCAUCAAUUCCUUGAUUUGUGCAGAUGGGAACACUCAGUCAAGCACCAUUUCAUUGAAGCUACCCAGAAAUGUUGUGAAAGGCUCAGCCAGAGCUGUCCACUGUGUGUUGGGUGAUAUCCUGGGCGGAGCCAUUCACAACCUCCAGCACCUUGUCCAGUUGCCCUAUGGCUGUGGGGAACAAAACAUGGCCCGCCUCGCGCCCGACUUACUUAUUCUAAAGUAUCUGAACAAGACUGGGCAGCUGACAGAAGACCUCAAUUCCAAGAUCAUUGGAUACUUAGUGGAAGGUUACCAGACGCAGCUGAAGUAUAAGCACUCAGAUGGUUCUUACAGCACCUUUGGUCAAAGCAGCCACAGUCAAGGGAGCACUUGGCUGACGGCUUUUGUGUACAAGAUCUUUGUUAAGUUAAGUAAGAUCAUCUUUGUGGAAAAAAUUCACAUCACAGACGCGCUAUCUGCUCUGGCCAUUCGGCAGAAGCCCAAUGGCUGCUUCCAAGACACAGGAACUCUGCUGAACAAUGCCAUGAAGCAAGGUGGGGUAGAUGAGGAAACAGCCCUCACGGCCUACGUUACAAUCGCUUUGCUGGAAGGCCAUGUGCCAGUCAUCCACUCAGUCCUGCGGAAUGCUCUCUUCUGCUUGGAGACGGCAUCGCAGCGGAGAGACAUCCACAUUUACACCUUGAGCAUGAUGGCGUACGCCUUUUCCCUGGCAGGCAAGGAAGAGAAGAGGGAAGAGGCGCUCCGCAUUCUGGAUGAGAGAGCUGUGAAAGGAGCGGAUGGCACCCUUCACUGGGAGCGGCCUGAUAAGCCCGAACACAGGAACGACUUUCCGUUCUAUGAGCACCGUGCUUCCUCUGCGGAAGUGGAGAUAACGUCCUAUGUGAUGCUUGCUAUAAUAACCAGACAUCCGGAACCAACCAAAGAAGAACUGGAGAAGGCAGCCUUAUGUGUGAAAUGGCUUAGCAAGCAACAGAAUCCUAACGGGGGAUUCUCUUCCACUCAGGACACUGUGGUAGCACUCGAGGCCCUCUCCAAGUAUGCAGGCUUCAUCUUUUCCAAGGGCAAACUAGCUGCGCAAGUAACCUUGAUCUCUGGAGGAAACAACCUUGCUCAGGUCCAUGUGGACAACAGCAACCGCAUUCUGCUUCAGUGCCAUCCUUUGCCCACCGUGCCUGGGGAAUACGAUGUGCAGGUGACUGGACAUGGGUGCACCUAUUUGCAGACCACCCUGAAGUACAAUGUGCAUCUACACCAAGAGCAUGCUCCAUUCCAGCUGGCGGUGGACAUCACUUCCAAGAACUGUGAUAGCUACAAUUAUAAAACAUUUAACCUGACUGUAUCUAUCAGCUAUACUGGCCCACGCCUUGUCUCCAACAUGGCCAUCGUUGAUGUGAAGAUGCUGUCAGGGUUCGUUGCGGAUAAACCCUCCGUCAGGAAGUUGGAAACAAACAGGCACAUCAUGCGUACAGAAGUGAGCUCUGAUCGUGUCCUGCUGUAUGUGGAUCAGUUGACCAACAUGACCCAGACUUACAGCUUCGACAUGCAGCAAGAGAUAAUUGUUGAAAACCUGAAGCCUGCCCUGGUGACUGUCUACGAUUAUUACGUGCUAGAAGAAUCUGCCAACGCUCAAUACACCAACCCCUGCGAUUCAGCUGAAGCACGCAAAGGUAACGCAUGAAGCAUGAAGCCACAUCCAUCGCCUGGAUUUUGAGGCAGGCAGCAGUGCUGGAAACAGCAGCCUGGAUUGUGCCUAUGUGGCAUUAGACAAUCAGAAACAAAUAAAAAGCUGGCCCAUU